CAAUGCUGCCCGAGAGCGGAUCGUUUCCGCAAGUUUAAAACGCGAUUUGAAUCUUUCUGGAGACGGCGAUGGCCCUGCCCAGAGUGUGAAUUUGAUAUCGUUCGCGACAGCCGAAAGAGAGUUUAUUUUUGUUCGCAUCCGCUUUCACUCGAGGUGUCCAUAGUCUAAUUUAACAAGUGCCCGGAGCAGCAAGCAGCUGAUUGCGGUCCGCGAGUGUGGUUUGGUUUCAGCGCGACCCGAAUUUCGUUUUUUUUUUAUCGCACGUUGGUUUUUGGCGGUUUGGCGUGUGAAAUAUUGCCGGUUGAAAUGUGCGAAAAGCGGACGAUUGCGGUUUGGUGGUCGUCGCUGUUGGCGUGGAUGCUGCAGUUGUCGAUUGUCCAAUUGGGUCAAGCGCAGCGAAUUAUUGGUGAUCGCGUGUACGAGCCGAAGAUCUCCGACUUGUACAUGACGGUAAAUGCGCGCCACCGAACGCUGGAGCUGACCUGGAGGAAUUUCAACGACCCAACCGGGUUCAUUGUGUUGACGGAGCAUUAUCCUAUUAGAGAGUUUCAGCAGAAGCUGUAUUACGUUACGUACGAUGAUUUACAGCAGGCGAGCCAAGAAAGCAGUUCGCCCCGUAGCAAUGGAUUUGGGGAGGAAGGUAGUGGAGAAAAUUUCGCAAAUGGAAUGGAAUCAAUGAUGACGACGACGACGACCAUGAUGAUGACGGAGCAACCUGCAGUGUCCACUACGCCAAUAGUCGAGGUGGGAUGGGAGUACGACCAUUGGGAUGAGCACGGAGAACGGAAGAAGCCGGUGCUGUUCUCCAUUCAGCCGAUGUACGUUAACGGAUGGACUGCUACUGAUAUUAUCUACAACCGCGAGUGGUUGGAUCAGGCAGACAUCACGACCAGUUGCUACGGGUACUAUGCGUAUUUCAUCAACGCCAACGGCACCAUUCUGUCUGAGCACUGCAUGAAACUGUAUCCCACCUGGAUGAACGAUUUGCGGUCGCACGUGGGUCAGUUUCGCAUGAGGGAACUAUUCAUACCGGGAACGCACGAUUCUGCCUCGUACAAGAAGAGCCUCAACUAUCAGGAAAACAUAGUUACAAAGUAUUCCCUCACGCAAGAAGACGACAUCCGGAAGCAGCUGUUGCAAGGGGUGCGAUAUAUCGACCUUCGGGUGGGAUACUACCAGGUGUCCAAUCCACAGUUCUGGGCCAAUCAUGGCAUCUCACGGUUACAUCCCCUGAAGCAGAUUCUCCACCAGAUUCGGGAUUACGCUUUGGAGACGAACGAAAUCAUCAUCGUGGAUGUUCAGGAGUUCCCCGUUGGAUUCGGGAAACAGUACGAAGUCCACGACAAGUUGAUCCAAUUCCUGAAUGAAACACUCCACGACGUUAUGGCGGAUCCGUCCAUCACUUGGUACGGACGCCUAUCGGAAAUCUGGGCGCGUAACAAAACAGUUAUCCUGUGCUACGACCACGAGUACGCCAUGCGCUCCUAUCCGGAUGUGGUUUGGCGAUCGGCCGAACAGAAGUGGGGUGACGUCCAAUCGCUGGAAGAGCUAAAAAGUUUCCUGUUCAAGAUUCACACACGUUACCUCUACGGCUUCACGAACCGUCCAGUAGCGGAUAUGGCGGAGCUUACCCCGGAUCCGUGGGGUAUAAUCACCGAUCGGUACGGUGGCCUGCGGAAGAUGGCCGACUCCGUCAAUCGGUUUGUAACUAAGUGGUACUUCGAAGAGCUGGGUCCUACGGCCAACAUUGUGGCGGUGGAUUUCAUUCGGGGGACCAACAUCAUCGACGCUGCCAUCUAUUGGAACCAGAAGAGGGUUCCCAGUGGUAAAUAAAUCUGACCUGUGAAAAUUUCA